UCUGUCGCGAAAUCCAGCGAACCCGCGGCCCGCGCGCGCGCGCCCAAGGGAGCAGAGCGCGGCGCCCACGCACGAGAGCUCGGCGUCGUCCCAUGCGCCGAGAUGACCGACACGUUACCCGGCGGUGGCGACGUCACGGCGCCGAUGGAGCAGGCCGCCGCCGCCGCCGGGAUGACCGGCUCCGGCGCGGCGGCGGCGGCGGUGGUGUGCUACUCGCCCAUGAAGGUCACCACGUACGGCAUCUGGGAGGGCGUCAACCCGCUGGAGUUCUCCCUCCCCAUCUUCAUCCUCCAGACGGCCGUCAUCGUCGGCACCACCCGCCUCCUCGUCCUCCUCCUCAAGCCCUUCCGCCAGCCCCGCGUCAUCGCUGAGAUCCUCGCCGGCGUCAUCCUGGGCCCGUCGGUGAUGGGGCAGGUCGGGACGUGGGCGGCCACCGUGUUCCCGGGCCGGAGCCUGCUCACCCUGGAGACGGUGGCGCACCUGGGCCUUCUCUACUUCCUCUUCCUGGUCGGCCUCGAGAUGGACGUCAACGUCAUCAAGCGCUCCGGGAAGAAGGCCGUCAUCAUCGCCGUGGCCGGCAUGGCGCUGCCCUUCUGCAUCGGCACCGCCACCUCCUUCAUCUUCCGGCACCAGGUGUCCAAGAACGUGCACCAGGCCUCCUUCCUGCUCUUCCUCGGCGUCGCGCUCUCCGUCACGGCCUUCCCGGUGCUCGCCCGGAUCCUCGCCGAGAUCAAGCUGCUCAACUCGGACCUCGGCAAGAUCGCCAUGUCCGCGGCCAUCGUCAACGACAUGUGCGCCUGGAUCCUGCUCGCGCUCGCCAUCGCCAUCUCCGACGUGAACAGCACCCCGUUCUCCUCCCUCUACGUGCUCCUCUCCGGCGUGGCGUUCGUGCUGGCGUGCUUCUACGUCGUGCGCCCGGUCAUGUGGUGGAUCGUCCGCCGCAUCCCCGAGGGCGAGACCAUCAGCGACGUGCAGGUCACGCUCAUACUCACCGGCGUCAUGAUCUCCGGCGUGUGCACCGACGCCAUCGGCAUCCACUCCGUGUUCGGCGCCUUCGUCUACGGGCUGGUGAUACCCAGCGGGGAGCUCGGCGUGGUGCUGAUCGAGAAGCUGGAGGACUUCGUGAUGGGGCUGCUGCUCCCGCUCUUCUUCGCCAUCAGUGGCCUCCGCACCAACGUGACCCGGGUGCGCGACCCGGUCACCGCGGGGCUCCUGGUGCUGGUGUUCGUCAUGGCCAGCUUCGCCAAGAUCAUGGGCACCAUCCUCAUCGCCAUCUCCUACACCAUGACCUUCCGCGACGGCGUCGCCCUCGGCUUCCUCAUGAACACCAGGGGGCUCGUCGAGAUGAUCGUCCUCAACAUCGGAAGGGACAAGCAGGUGCUGGACGAUGAGUCGUUCGCGGUGAUGGUGCUGGUGUCGGUGGCGAUGACGGCGCUGGUGACGCCGGUGGUGACCACGGUGUACCGUCCGGCGCGGCGGCUGGUCGGGUACAAGCGGCGCAACCUGCAGCGGUCGAAGCACGACGCGGAGCUGCGCAUGCUGGCGUGCGUGCACACCACCCGCAACGUGCCGUCCAUCAUCUCCCUCCUCGAGCUCUCCAACCCGAGCAAGCGCUCCCCCCUAUUCAUCUACGCGCUCCACCUAGUGGAGCUCACCGGGCGCGCGUCAAACAUGCUCGCCGCCCACCACACCGCCGCCAACCAGAACCGCAGCGCCAGCACCAGCGCCAGCGAGCACAUCUUCAACGCCUUCGAGAACUACGAGGAGAGCGUCGCCGGCGUGUCGGUCCAGGCGCUGACGGCGGUGUCGCCGUACCAGACGAUGCACGAGGACGUGUCGGUGCUGGCGGAGGACAAGCACGUGUCGCUCAUCGUGCUCCCGUUCCACAAGCAGCAGACGGUGGACGGCGGCAUGGAGCCCAUCCACCCCGCCCUCAAGGGCUUCAACGAGAGCAUCCUCAACUCGGCGCCCUGCUCCGUCGGCAUCCUCGUCGACCGCGGCCUCAGCGCCCCCGCGGCGCGCCUGUCCAGCGUGCACCGCAUGGCGCUCCUCUUCUUCGGCGGGCCGGACGACCGCGAGGGGCUCGCCUACGCGUGGCGGAUGGUGGAGAACCCCGGCGUCUGCCUCGCCAUCGUCCGCUUCAUCCCGCCAGGCUACACGGCGCCGCCGCCGGCGGUGGCGCCGCCGUCGUCCGUGCCGUCCGGCUCGCGCGCCAUCACCAUCGUGCCCGACGUGCCCAAGACGGAGCGGCAGAUGGACGAGGAGUACCUCAACGAGUUCCGGUCGCGCAACGUGGGCAACGAGGCCAUCGUGUACGUGGAGCAGGUGGUGGCCAACAGCGAGGAGACCAUGGCGGCCAUCCGGAACCUGGGCAACGCGCACGAGCUGUACAUCGUCGGCAGGCACCCCGGCGAGGAGAGCUCGCCGCUCACGUCGGCGCUGUCCGACUGGAUGGAGUCGCCGGAGCUGGGGCCGAUCGGGGACCUGCUGGUGUCGUCCGAGUUCUCCAAGAUGGUGUCCGUGCUGGUGAUGCAGCAGUACCAGCUCACCGCGGCGGGGCUGCCGGCGGUGCCCGUGGCGGAGGACCCCGUGCGGCAGUACGUGACCAAUGCCAACCAGCGGCCGGCGACGGGGGUCGGCGGAUACCAGUUGGUGGGCCGAGGUGGCUACUGACACGAUAGCUCUUGAUUAAUUGGACCUUGGUUGAUUAACCAGUAGUGUAAACAGUUUGUCUAAUUCACAUCUAGAUGUUUUUUAAGGAUAUCACAUCUAAGCUCCUACAAGUAUAUAAUGUAGCAAUAAAAAAUAAAAAA